GCAAUCGGCAGCGGCAGUUACAACAACAACUCAUGGCCAUUACACGUUUCCUCCGGGAAGAGGUCUUUAGCGCAGAAAAGUUUGGCGCCAACGUUAGUGUUCUGUAUGGCGUGAGCGUAUUUGCCAGUGCUGUAUACUUUUUGGAGCACUACGGCGAGGUUCUGAUCCAGUAAAAAAAAAUUACAAACCGAAUCCACAAAGCGAGGUUUCGAAAUCGACGUUAGAGAGAAGAGAUAGCACAGGCAAUUGCUUUUUUAUUUUAUUUUUAUUUAAUUUUUUACUGUUGUUGACC